AUGUCUGCCGUCGAAAUCUAUGCAAUCGUCAUUGGCAGCAUCAUUGUGAUCAGGAUCUGCUCUCAUCUCUUCGCGAAAUGCCAAGAGCUGUUUCAGGGUCCGGCAUUUUGGCUCACAAAUCAUCUCACCCGAACUAACUCGAUUUUCGAAUCAAAAUGGCUGGGCUCAUGGUCGUGGUGGUCAGUACUGGUACAGUCGGUCUUGAUUGGUACGAAUCUUUUUGUGGCUUGUUACCGCUCCCUCGACAUCGCCACUGCAGCACGACGGGCUGGUGAAGUUGCACUGGUCAAUAUGGGGCUAUUUUGCCUCGGUCCUCAUCUGGCAUUCCAAGCGGACUGUCUUCAAGUGUCCCUGACAAAGAUCAAAUCUAUUCAUCGUGGAACCACGUGGUCUUUUAUCAUUAUAACGACUUUCCACAUUGUAGUACUCAAGCCCACUCAACCGGUAUUCACGACGAAGCUGUCAAAGCAACUGUACGGCGUAAUCGCCGCCUUGGCCGUAGCUGGCAUUCUUAUCUCAUCCAUCCGGCCGCUCCGACGACCUUCGUAUGAGAUUUUCCUUAGAAUCCAUCAGCUACUGAGUGUCGCCGCACUGUACGCCGUUUGGAGUCACGUUCGUGGGAGCAGCAUCUUCGCUCAGUACUGCUCCACGGCCGUCAUCGCUUGUUUGGGGCUUGGCGUUGUCGCCCAAAUCUUUCACGUUUUAUGGAUCAACAGAAUGUUCUAUCGCGGCCUUUCUCGAUCUCGUAUCUUCCGCGCUGGGCACGCUGUUUGUCUCGUGGUCGAUACUCCGACGCCACUGAGGCUACGCCCGGGACAGUACAUCAACUUGACCAUACCGGGACUGAGCUUCUGUUCACUCUUCCAAAGCCAUCCAUUCUACGUCAGCUUUGCACAGGAUCAUGAGCGUGGAACGAGGCUCGAGUUGAUGAUCGAACCACGUUGCGGAUGGACGUCGAAGCUGUUGAGGCGAGCUCAAGCUCAACACCCUGCUGGAGACCACGCGCUGUCGGCGAAUUCGUAUCUCACCCUCUUUAGUGGACCUCAUGGCCGGUCGAUUGGCGUGGAAAAUUAUGGCGUGGUUAUUUUGGUCGCUUCCGGAUGGGGUCUGAUGGCGCAAAUGCCAUAUUUGCAGGCUCUAAUCCGAGGAUUUCACAAUGGCACGGUCAAAGCCCAACGGAUAUAUCUAUUCUGGCAACUUAACACCGUCGCGGAUGGCGCAGCGGCCCGCGAUCUUCUCAAUCGAGCUUUGCUCGACGACACAUUCGACAAUGCCUAUAUCCUCAGCAUUUCAAUCUAUCACCUCCACGAUCGAAUUGGAGCUGAAGAGCUUCGUCUUGGUCGACGAGUGACAUUCUACGAGGGGGCUGCGAGUUGGGAAAGUCUGAUCCACAACACAGGGGCGUGGCGACCAAGCAGGCCAGACGACCACACCUGCAGAAACGUCGCAGACUUCAACCCCUCCGCAUUUGUUGCCUCGGGUCGUCGUACAAUAGUUAUGGUCUCUGCAGCAGAACCAAUACGAGGUCGAGUCAGGGACGCUUGCCAACAACAUUGCUCAGCACAGCUGCAGUUGGUCGAAUUGGACUACCAGCCUCAGGAAUAAGUGGAUUCGAAGAGACCGGUGAAGAAUUACCCUGAGCGGGCGUGUUGCUAUAUGUCAUUGGAUGCGCCGGAAUCGAGAGAGGUG